GUUCGCUCGUCCAGAGUCAUGGGCCAAGAUGGUCGCUCGUGCAGAGUCAUGGCCCAAGAUGCCCGCCAAUCCAGCACCACAGCACAAGAUGGCUGCCAGCCCAGUGCCACAGCACAAGAUGGCCGCUCACCCAGCGCCAAUGCCCAAGUUGGCCACCGGUCCAGAGCCACAGUCCAAGAUGGCCGCCCGUCCAGAGUCAUGGCCCAAGAUGGCCGUCAAUCCAGCGCCACAGCACAAGGUGGCCAUCAAUCCAGUGCCACAGCCCAAGAUGGCCGUCAAUCCAGCGCCACAGCACAAGAUGGCUGCCAGCCCAGUGCCACAGCACAAGAUGACCCAAGUCCCAAUGCCCAAGUUGCACAAGAUGACCCAAUGCCCAAGUUGGCCACCGGUCCAGCACCACAGCACCAGAUGGCCACUUGUCCAGAGUCAUGGCCCAAGAUGGCUGCUUGCCCAGCGCCGCUGCACAGGAGGACAGUCACAGCUGACCCUCUGGAGUCGAUUCAGGUUCCAGUUGACCUUCCAGAGUCGAGUCAGGUUCCAGUGAACUCUCCAGAGUCGAGUCAGGUUCCAGUGAACUCUCCAGAGUCGAGUCAGGUUCUAGUGAACUCUCCAGGGUUGAGUCAGGUUCCAGUGAACUCUCCAGAGUCGAGUCAGGUUCCUGUUGACCCCCCAGAGUCGAGUAAAGUUCCUGUUGACCCCCCAGAGUCAAGUCAGGUGUUCGUGGACCCUUCAGAGUCAGGACUAGUCAUUCAUGACCCUCCAGAGUCAGGGCUAGUCACCGAUGACCCUCCAGAGUCAGGGCUAGUCACCGAUGACCCUCCAGAGUCAGGGCUAGUCACCGAUGACCAUCCAGAGUCAGGGCUAGUUACCGAUGACCUUUCAGAGUCAGUGCUAGUUACCAUGGACUUUCCAGAGACAAGGCUAGUCACCGUUGACCUUUCAGAGUCAAGUCAAGUCACUGGUGAUCUUCAAGGACAGAGUAAAGUCACUGGUGAUUUUCAAGGGCAGAGUCAAGUCACCGGUGAUCUCCAAGGACUGAGUCAAGUCACCAUUGAUCUGCAUGAGCAAAUACAAGUCACCAAUGAUCUUCAUGUACAAAUACAAGUCACCAAUGAUCUUCAUGUACAAAUGCAAGUCAUCAAUAAUCUUCAUUUACAAAUGCAAGUCACCAAUAAUCUUCAUGAGCAGUGUCAAGUCAGCACCGAUCUUCUGGAAUCCAGUAUAAACACCAUGGGAUUACCAGAGUUUCGUCCUCCCGUUUGUCCGACCACACGAUUGUGGUGGUCUUCUGCUUCGCACUGGGGGCCUUCAGCCUCUACCACAAGGAUGUGGUGGUCUUCUGCUCUGCCCUGGGGGGCUUCCGCCUCGACCACAAGGAUAUGGUGGUCUUCUGUUCUGCCCUGGGGGGCUUCUGCCCUGACCACACGGUUGCGGGUGUCUUCUGCUCCGCCCUGGGGGGCUUCCGCCCUGACCACACGGUUGUGGUGUUCUUCUGCUCCGCCCUGGUGGGCUUCCGCCCUGACCACACGGUUGUGGUGGUUUUCUGCUCCGCCCUGGGGGGCAUUUAUAAUAUUUACACACUACAUCAAGUUCAUCAUCAUGAUGCUAAUGUUACUCUCUCUGUCUACAUGGCAGAGGAGGAGACCUCUACUGUAUGUCAUAAACAUCAUAAUACCAGUAUUUGUCUUCCUUGUGCUGGAUGUGAUGUCCUUCUUCAUAGUUGGACAUGGAACAUACAAGCUGAGUUUUAAAGUGACUUUACUGCUGUCUAUUUCUGUGUUUCUGCUGAUUCUUAAUGACACGCUGCCCUCUACAGCUGACAAACUCCCACUGAUUGGGAUUUACUGCAGUGGGAUUUUCAUUCUCAUCGGCAUCAGCAUUCUGGAAACCAUCCUGGUGAAUUUUCUGAAAGCUAAAGAAGCUGAGAAGAUAUCAGUGGAAACAACAACUACUGCUACGUGCCAAGAUGACAGUGUCAGAGACCUGCAGAGCCCCCCAGACUUAGUUACAGAUCAGAAUGAAGAACAGUUUUAUACCCUUGGCCUUCUGAAGCUGAUCUUUACUGAGUGUUGUGCUCCAAUUCAACAAAACCAGCGAGAGAAGAUAUCUCUGUGCUGGACCAGAGUGGCAAGAAUCAUAAAUGUGACCUUCUUGGCUCUUUACAUAAUCACCAUUACUGUGUUUCUGUCUGUUCUAGGGAAGCUUUGGUUUUAUACGUAAAAAAGCACACGAUACAGAAGCACCAUAAGCCUAGAACCAAUCCAAAAGUAUAUAUACAUUUAGUAAGUAGUUUUGAGAGUAUAGGGAGACUGAAGGAGAGUGAGUGGUUGCUGCAGAGCUUUUUUGGUGUUAUUUGCUUUACGCUAUUUUCUAAUUCUCUACAAACACAAACUGUAGCAAGAUUAUUUUUGUAUAUAUACUUUCUUUUUUUCCCCUUCUUCUUUUUUUCAACAAAAAGACAAACUCUGUCCAAUAAUAGCUCUAAGUUAGUGCACAUAAUUCAAAGUCAAAGCUUUAAAGAUGGAAUCAAAAUGACUUGCUGGCAGAGUAAAAUAAUACAAAUGCUUUGUAUUCAAUACUGCUAUCACUUUUAAACAAAUCCAAAAACUCAAUGCCUCUAUUAAACAAAUUAUCCAUGACCUGUUUCAGACAAAAAAAUAAGAUUAAUAAUUGAAAGCUUUCAGAGUAUCUCUUUAUGUCUUCACCUAUUGACUUAAUCACUAGUGCAGGGGUAUCUUACCCUUCUGCUGGAGAGCUACUAUUUGAAGGGAUUGAUUGGCAAUCCCCUCCUUUUCUAAUCUGUAAUAAAUAGGUUUAUAGUUUUCAAAAAACUAGUGUAUCUAUUCUGGUAUUUAUGUUAUAAGCAAUGACUGUUUUUGGUAUCUG